UGGGCAGUGCUAGUUUCAAGGCUCUUGACGCUGUACUUAGACCUUCCAGGCAGCCCCGGUUUGCAGACCUGCCAACGACAUGGCACGGUGUGUGGUACGGCUCCAGUCCCUCCUCUGUGAACCUGUAUUACUACAGCCUUACCUGCUGGGGUCUGCGGUGACACGGCAUCUCAGACGCCCGCUGCCAUGGGUGGCUUCACAGCACCGAGACUUCCACACCACGCGGGGAGUUUUUAAAGAGGCUGCGGAGAACAGCAAAAUAACAAUCCACUUCAUUAACCAAGACGGAGAGAGGACCACGACUACAGCGACGGAGGGGGAAAGCUUAUUGGAUGUCGUGGUUAACAAGAAUUUAGAUUUCAGCGGCUUUGGUGCUUGUGAGGGAACACUAGCCUGCUCAACAUGCCACCUGAUUUUUGACAAGAACGUUUUUAACAAGCUGGAGCCCCUGGUGGAUGAGGAGCUGGACAUGCUGGACUUGGCCUAUGGCCUGACUGACACGUCUCGUCUGGGCUGUCAGGUGUUUGUUCAGAAAGGGAUGGAUGGGAUGACGGUUCAGGUGCCGCAAAAGGUGAAUGACAUCAGGAAGGCAGCAGAAUCGUCUUGGAAACAAUGAGAGACAGGAAGGCAGCAGAAUCGUCUUGGAAACAAUGAGAGCUCACACUUCAUACUGCUGCUGCGGCUGCUGCUGAUGCUGAUGUUUUUUCUGUGUCCUGAGUUUUACACUUUGUAUCUGCCCAUUAAGAGGCUUCCCCAGAAAUCCACAGCAUUCUCAUCUCUUUAGUAAGCACUUACCUGCCUCCCCCACCUGUACCUGGUAACCAGUAGCCCUCAUUAACCCAAGCCAGUGCCCCUGAUAUUCCUUCUUAGUGUGCUGAGUGCAUGUAAAAAAACAAACAAACAUUGACUUUUUCUUAUUUAUCCAGGUCGGAAUAUAUUAAAGGUUUCCUCGAGACAUUUCUGUGGUGACAAAUGCCCAUGUUCAGACUAACUCGCCAUGCAUGUGUUGUAAAGACCAUUAAUGUGCAUGCAUUGCUUAGUGGUUUUCAAAGAUAUUGCAAGCAUUGUUUGUGCUGAUGAAAUGUAAUCAUUAAAAUCUAUUUACAGUUA